AAUGGAUCUGGCUAGUGGCCGUCAUGCUGGGAGGCAGAGUCGUUACAAAGCAGAUUAUAGUGAAAAAUCUUAUGAUUCAAAUUCUGUCCCAAGGCAAAACAGUAAACAUGAAAUGAACAUUCUAAAUAUUGGGCAUGGAGAAGACCCUAGUAAUUAUGAGCAUCGGUCUAUUAUGGAUGAAGAAGCUCUCCAGCAUCAAAACCCUGAGAAUGGUAAAGAAACUGGAGAUAUCAACGUUGAUUUUAAAAGGGUAAAGAACCAUGGUUUAAUGUGUCCGCUCCAUCCUCAGCAAGUAGGGACUUGGGUAGUGAUGGUCAUCCUUGUGCUAACCUUUUAUCUAUUCUUAAUACCUGGAAUUUAUCAUAUCUCUGCAGGGUUCUCUGUUUUCAUUUGAAUUAUUUAUGGACUUCUCUUGUUCGGAGUUAUCAUUUUCUGCCUUCGUGCCACCCUUACAGAUCCAACUGAUAGAAAUAUUGUUUAUGAAAGAGAAUGAAGAAAAGAGGGAAUCGAGCCUGAAGAAAAUGAUGAACUCGAGUUCUUCUGAGAUGUAUGUGAAGGCUAUGUUCAUGAUAGGACAAAACACUGAGGUCAAUGAAACAGGUGAACUGAUCUUUUUGAUCAUCAUUGAAAGUGGUUGAAUAACUGAGUUGGAGCUAAAAAUUAUGCAGAUUUCCUCAUCUUGAUAUCAGUAUUAUUGCUUCAGACUUUAUUAUUUAUGAUAAUAUCAUUCGUAUUUGUAAUCACAGCUCUAGCAAGCAAGUCCAAAUUUCAGGAAGGGUUCAAUGAAUACUACGAUUCUGAGCUAAAUAGAUUUGGUUUAGCGGUAUUUGUUGUACUAUUAAAUAUUCUAUGUGGGCUAAUAGUUUAUUUCACAGUUUCACUAAUAAUACUGCACAUAAAACUUCGCAAGAUGGAAAUUACCGCUUAUGAAUAUAUUGUCUACCUAGAUGAGAGAGAGGAAAGACUUGAACUCUUUCAAAGAGGAGAAAUGAGUAUUGGAGAAUUUGAAGAGGAAGAAAAACAAGCCCAAGAAGACUUAAAGAAAAAGAAAAAGUCUAAAAUUAUUCACCAAAUCAAUAAAGAGAAUAAGAAGGCCUAUCGGGAAAGGAUCAUUGCAAGAAAUAAUAAGGCAAAGAAGACCAAGCAAACUGGACAGACACCUGCUGCUACCCAAAAUGCAAUGAUGCAGAACCAAACUCCAAAGAAGAAACAAGAUCAGGAGAAGAUUACUAAGCAUCAAUCCGACCAUAAAAAAGAAGAAUUUUACAAUGUUAUGCAGGGAAAGAAGAGCCCUGAAAGAGCGAAGAAGUAUUCUUCUAGUCCAAAAGGUCAUUGAGGUGGAAUAAGAGUUAGUGAUGAAAAUAUCGAAGAUGUCAAAGUAAAUCUAGCUCAAGAUACAAAAAGGAAGAGAUUAAACUUCAACCAAGACAGAGAAAGCUCGGAUGAGUCUGAAAGCUCUAAAGCACAGGAAAUCAAUAAUCGUAAAAGAGAUUCAGAGAAAGAAAAGUCUUCUAGAGAAAUUAUGAACUAUUUCAGUGAUAAUUGAGAAGACUUAGACCAAAAUCCUUCUAAUUCCUCUCAAGCCCACCCUAGCUCUGAAAGAUCUGAAGCCAGCUUAUCUUCUCCAUCCUCUGCUUCCAAAUCACCUCCAAAUAAUAUUGGCACCAAUACAGAGAUGAGUUCUGACAAAAGGGUCGGACCUGACUUUACCGGUCUGAAAAAGGCUGCUCCUUCUGAUUUCAGUGACGAUCCUGACUCUUCCUAAUUCAUCAGACUGAGGUUUCUCCAACACUUAUCUUCUAUUA